AGAGCUUAAAAUUAAAUUAUUAGAACAUUAAUUAAUUAGUUGAAUUAUUACAAAUUACAUUGGCAAGAAUGGCAACAAAAUGUAAAAUAAGGGUCGAAAACAUCUUCACUCAUGUGAUGAUAUGUGUUAUGGUAUUAUCCUCCACAGUACCAAGCGAAGCACGACGUGGUUAUUACGGACCAGUGCAAUCUCCACCUCCUCCAAGGCCUAAUGUAUGUCCAGCUUGUGUGUGUUGCACACCAGCACCACCUGGUGUUUGCUGCGGUUGCUGUUCUUUUCCUAUUGAAGAUCCACCACCGCCUCUUGCCGUGUCUUCACCUUGAUUAAAUUACCGUACCUGCCGCCUGCCUUCCUUAUAUUCUAAUUGUUCAAUAUAUAAAAUCAUUUUAUAUAUUAUGAUCAGAUGCUUUUGUAUUUUGUUAAAGUUAAGUAAUAUUAAUGUCUUACUAAAAGUCAUAUAAUAAAAAUGUUUGACUAAAAAUAAAAAAUGUUAUUCAAGCAUUAAUUUGAUGUAUUCCGAGCUUAAUAUAGUAUCCAAGCUUUUUGGAUAUUAUUGUUAUAUAUGAAUGUGAAUUAGUUAGAUGAAUAAGAUUUUUUUUAUAAUGUAUU